AUGGCGAGAGUAGGUGACUACGUGCUCUUCCGGUACGACUUGCCUGGACCGCCGGUGUAUCAUGAAAGGCUCGUGACGGGGGUCUCGAUAGGGGAUCCAGGUCUCGUCAGCACGUAUUCGCCUGAUGGAGACCACUAUGCAGAAUAUACGACGUCGGACGACCUCAGAGAUGUGCGGUGGUCGGGGACGCAGGGCGCGACCCCGCCCGGUGUCAACCCGGCCCACGUCUACCGCUUCCGCCAGGUGCCGACGGCGGCGGAGAUCCAGCAGCUGAUCCGCGAGGGCUCGCUCCUCGUCGGGGGCGUGGCGCCGCCUGCUGCCGCUGCCCCCGCCGCCGCAGCGGCGCCCGCGGCGGGUCCUCCCGCGGCGGCCGCAGCCCAGGGAGCCAUCGUGCCGCGCGGCGCUGGCGUGGUGGGAGGAGUCCCGCGCGCUGGGGCCGCGGCCGCCCCAGCAGCGGCUGGCACAGUGUGGCUGGCGAUCGAGGACUACCAGGGGAUGCGGCGCGGCGAGCGGAUGCCUGACCCGCUGCCGCAGGGCGCCGUCGUUCAAGGUGACCUGGCGCUGGUGCCUCAUGCAGGGGGCUUCGUCGGAGCGCGCCAGGUGGCCAUGGCAGACGUGGAUGCCUUCGUCGUGGACGACCUGCGCGUGCUGCCCGUGCGGUUCAACCAGCAGGGGGCGCGCCGCCGCCCAUACAGCGAGGCCGUGGACAUGCAGAUCGUGGACGAGCCCGAGGGCGGCAUCAUGCUGCAGGGGCCGCGCACCACUGACUGGGUGCUGCGGUCGUAUCGCGAUGCCGGGCUCACGCCAGUCACUCAUCAUUCGAACUGGCUGAGGCGAAGGCUGGCUCACAGGCGGCAGACGGAGCAGUGUGCCAAUGAUGCCAUUGCGGGCCUCGACGCUAUCCAUCCUCCUUGCGAGCAGCGUGGGCCCAUCACGGCGGCUCAGCGACUCGCGACCGCCACCAUUUUGAACGAGGUCAGGAUGGCCCCGAAGUCUGACACUCACUUUUCUCGCCGUGGAGCCGCGAAGGAGCUCCUGGCCUCCAGCCUGUCCUACACCGCGGACGAGGCACCGAGUCCCGUGGUAAGGUACGUCAGAUCCCGAGUCGACAUCCCAGAAGUGGGCGCGGUCAUACCUCCUGUCGAGUCGGUGCUCGACGGGGUCGGGAGGAACUACGUGCUGGACUACGAGCAAGCGAUGAUGAAGACUCCCGACGAGUGGUCCCGCGUCUUGGAUAGCGAGCCGCCCGUCACUCCCUACAUGGACGAAGUUUUGAAGCGUGACCCUGUGGCGUACAACGCCUUCAUCGGCGACCUGGUGAAGGCUGAUGUGCGCAACUACUUCUACGCUCUCGGCCUGAGGGAGGAGCUGGGACUGUUCUUCUCGCUGCCGCCGGUGUCACAGGCUUCGUUGUCGCAAUGGGGGGUUGAGGCAGUGGGCACUCCCGAGGGCCCCUCAGGGGGCUGGGUCUGGCCGUUCCUGCGGGUCGUGCCGAUGGGCUGGUCUUGGGCUUUCUGGCUUGGGCAGCGUGCGAAUGCGCACGUCUGCUGCUCUGCCUCGGGGCUCGGGUUCCCGCGGGCGCUGACCGAUCACGGUCCGGUGCCCCCGCUCGACGGGGGGGUCCCUUGCCUCUUACCCUAUUGCGAUAACAUCAACGUGAUCGGCACUGACCCUGACAAAUGCAAUGUCCUGAUGCACCAGAUCUGCGACGCCUGGAGGAAGCAUGGCGUGCAGAUCCACGAGGUGGUUGAGGCCGCCGACGUCUUCACCAGCCUCGGCCGCCUGAUCGACGGCGCGUCUGGGCGAGUUUUCUCACGGCCCGAGCGCUCCGAGCGCCUCCGCCAGGCCUCACUGUGGCUAGAGCCGCGCCCUAGAGUCACGGGGAGGGAGGUGGAGAGGUAUGUGGGUCAUCUCAUUGAUCAUUUGAUGCUGAAGAGGGAGCUGCUCUCGAUCCUCAGGAGUUUGUAUGAUUUCGUCAGAGAUUGCUAUCACGUGCGAGCCCGUCUCUGGCCCUCAGCUGCCCGCGAAGUCGAGCAGUGCCGUCGCUUGCUGCCGCUGAUGUCUGCUAACCUUCGGCUUCAGUGGUCGCCGAGUGUCUUCGCCUACGACGCUUGCCUGACGGGUAUGGCGACGUGCCAGACAACACUGUCAUCGGAUCUUGUCAAGCGCAUCGGGUCAGUCAGUGAGAGAUGGAGAUAUCGCAUGCCUUCGGCUAUCUCGGCACGCCGGUCAGCUCUGGGAGUCCGUUCUGGAUGCGACGAGGCCUCGGAGGGGCCGUUCGACGUCUUCAGCGACUUCGAGACCGUCAAGGCCCCCAGGAGUACCAGCAUGGGCCUUGUCAAGGACCCCUGGUAG